ACUUUUAUAGGCAUGAUGGACUUUAAACAUCUAACUAAAAAGCCCGAAAAAGAAAUGACACCGAAAUCGGAAGUCGGUAUUUUCGGAAAACGAAUAUCAGAUGGUGUUAGAGCUUGCGAGAGUCAUUUCACCUGUGUACAGAAUUUUUCGACCCCACCAUCCCGUCUUGCGAAAAUAGUGAAUCCAUUUGAAAAUCAUUUGUUAGACAGAUUACAUUUGCCCGUGUUUAGUCCCAACGUAUUCACCCAGUAUUCUACGCCUCAACAAAAGUUCAAGUGGACCAUCGACGAUUAUUCUAUCUUAAAGCCUGCCGAUAUCGACGAAGCCACCCUAAGUCAGCACGUCAGCACAGCAGAUUCUCAUACUGAAUCCCUAGUCCAACAAAAAAUUGAUACUUUCUUUAGCGAGAAAGAGAUAGUUCCUAGCCCCAUGAAUGUGGCCUCUAAAAGUGUUCCUUUAAUAAAAGACUGCGAGGGAUCCAUUGGAACUCCAAAGAAAUCAUCGCCCACCAAACAGUAUUGCAAUGGUAAUUUAUUUCUUAGAACUAUUAAAAUAUUUGUACUUUCAUUGGGAAAUAUUGGUGACCGUCUCAUAGGUACAAGUCAGACUGUAUUAACACUGCCACCGGUGCUUCCUAAAGAGUUAGAAAAAGCUCUAAAGCCCUUUUUUACAUACACUGAAGACCAACAACAGUCGAAUGUAGAUAGGGAAUAUAUACAGUAUACAAAUAUAAGUAAUUGCCCUCUAUACAGGGAGUUGUUUGAAUUUGACGACAAUGCUCAGAUGCCCGGAGAUAUUCAAUCGCAACUGCCUCCUCCCGCAUUAUCUACAGGAGUUUCUCCCUUGCAACUGUCUCCUUGUAACAUACCUGAACUCAAAGACUGCACACUGUCACCCAUAGCGAGAAAUUCGCUUACCCGUCUUUCCAAGUCAGCUUGUAGGUUAGAUUUCUCAAGCAAAAUGAGCGUCGACAUUAGCCUGAUAGUGCCGGAUGUGGACAACCAAAAGAACAACGAACAUAUGAGCGUUUUAGCUGUAAAUGAAUGCAGCCUGUCGCCCAUCAAACCUGUGGAAAUCUGCAGUACGGGUUCGAACGCCUCGAACUGGAGUAUGGAUUACAAGCACGUUUCGUUGCCGUCAGAGUCCGUCAGCGAUUCUUCGGAGGACGCAAUGGACGUUUCGAACUCAAACACUCCUCAUUCGAAAAUAUUCGGAAAUCAAAGGAAAAGACUUAGCGACAGUUUUAAGCACAACGACGAAGUCGACAUCGAUUCGAGGAAGGAAUAUGCAACAUCCUGUAGUGUAGCGCAAGGUAGGAGAAAAGCAUAUCGCGACGAGUUGACAGACGGUGGGUACCAUACUGGUACGUUUUCGAAUGUCGAGAAUGAUUUUAGUGGUAACACAAAUGUUUUCGCUUCGACUCCCAGCAGAAGGAAAGCAUUCGCGUCGGAAUGUAUAAUUUACGAUUGAUUUACUAUAUAAAAAUAUUGUUGACCAUUUAUUUCAUUAAAAUAAAUAAACUGGGACCACUAUCCAUGAAUAUUGAAGUAACUGUUUAGAAAAAAAUAUUUUUGCUACUAAGUAAACUUGAGGUCCAACGGAUUAUAAAUUCAAGACGCGGAAAUUUUCGUUAUUCCCAAACUCCGCCACCCCCGUUUCACGCGUGACGUCGCAUAUUUUGUAAUUUUGAAACGGCGCUUCGGAAGGUAGCAAAAUAAAAAAUGUUUAGGGUUUAAAGCCUUUCCUUAUCCUUGAAGUUUAGAGCAAUAACACCGCUUAUUUUGCAAGUCCUUACCGCUUCUUAUUGGUUAAUGGUGCUUUUUGAUACCCUAGUCCGGAUAACAACCAAAUUGCGUCCGAAAAAAAGGACGACCGGGGGAAAAUCUAGAGUUAUUUAGUGUAUAAUAGUUUGUGACGUCACGAAAGCUAUGAUUCGUGCCCCCCCUCCCCUUGCUUUCCUUUAUCACCAUCCCGCUUCCUGUAUAAUCUUGAUUAUCUACCGCAAAUAAGCAAUCGACUCCCUUUGUGCCAAUCUAAAAGAAUUUAUUACAUAAAAUUAGGAAAGUCUGAAAAUGCUGUUUAAAAAAAAAGGUGAUAUUUAUUAUAUAAAAUGAACUGCUUGUAAAUGUGAUGGGAUUUUUGUGAAUAUUUUUUUAAAAUUUCUUGAAUUUGGUUUGUACACUAUAAGGGAAAGUUUUGAUUAGUAAAAUUUUAUGUAUAUUAAAUUAAUUCAAUUAACGGGUGUUAUUUUGAGAAGUGACAACUUUAAAACCGACUCUUUAGGUAACUAUUUAAUAAUUUUAAUAAUAAGAAAUAAUAUUUGGACUUAUAUUAUUCACUGCCAUUUUCUAAUAUUUAACUCAGUAUCUAAAUAGUUUUAAGGUUGGGAUAUUUUUUUUUUGAAGUGUGCAAUGUAAAAAUAAUUGAAUAAAAGU